CGCAUCUGGUGCCCGACUAGUGAAUGACAAUCCGACCUGACGUCAGCAUAUACGUGUUGGUUCAGUGGUUUGUCGCAGUCGGCUCUGUGCUUUCCAUCACGAUGGCCACAAAAUUUAACUUCAACUUCAGGUUGCCGCCGGGGGUGUUGAACAUGAGAGCCAACCAAAUUCGGCCCAUCAUCUUCACAGCCACAUUUGCCACUCAACUUAUUUUACUUUUCUACGUUUUUAGCGCUGUCAGGCAAGAGGAUCUCAUCGUGACACAGACGAGGGCUGUGAGUGGCGGAAGUGGAUUCCACGGAUGUGACGAUAUACACUUACUAAUUAACAUUCCUUUCAAAGACCUAUCGAGGAAUUUGACGACGACGUUAAAAUCACUGUUUUUCUACCGGACAACACGAUUACAUUUCCACUACAUCGUUGACCAAGAACGAACGGGUUACAUGCUUCGUACCCUCUACAAAACAUGGAAUGUUCCAGGUGUCAAUUGUUCAACGUAUUACAACACGGAGUUUCUGGAGCUGAUGAAAUCGCCCGCUACUCGGAUACCGAGGUUGAUGUACAUCGAUUGGAACGUAAUAUUCCUCAGCGAUCCGGCAGAAAUUUGGUCGCAAUUCAAUAACUUCGCUCCUGGGCAAGCUGUGGGCGUGGUGGGUCUGAGCUACCGACCUGAAGACAUGAACACUAACUUGUUGCUAUUGGACAUGAAUUACGUCAUGGAGUUAAAUCUUCAGGACGUCUUAGAUAAAAUUGGUCUUGGAAGUGAUAACUACGAUAUUACAGACCAUAACAGUAAACUCCACACGACGAUCACGUCACUGUCAACAACAAAUCCAGAUGCAUUAUUUCUUCUUCCAUGUAACUAUAACUUGGACUUCACUAAUUCAUCGAUGGACUGUUAUCUUCAGAUGGGAAAUAUGUUAUCUUUCCAAUCGCCCGAAUCUUUUGGCAAUGAUCCAUGGCUAAAUAUCGAUUAUCACCAAUCAUUUAGGAAUCAAUAUUUCAGUUUGUUGGAUUACGACGGUAAUCUAUUUCGUCAUAAAAUCAUUGGAUGUGGAAUUAAUAUUGCCAGACCAGAGAAGAUUGUAAAGUUGUUCCGUAAUGGCGAGCUGGAUUGUUCCGUCUUCUUUAUGAGAGAAACCAUGAUUCUGAGAACUCAUACAUAUUUCAUAGGAAAUAUACCGACUGAAAAAGAUUCUCCUCCGAUCGAAAUUACCCUCUCGCUCCAAUCUACGUUCGAUCGUUUUUAUCAAAUGCUAGAAAGAAUUGCCACAUACUGGACCGGCCCCAUCAGUGUUGCUGUUUAUGCCACGGACACCCAAGUUCAACUUAUUCCCGCCAUGUUUGAAAUGUCUCAGAUUUUGAAGAACCGUAACAACGUAGCAGUGCACGUGGGAUUUGUCGAGAGAGAAGUGGGUCAAUAUCCAUUUAAUCACAUGAGAAAUAUUGCCAUGGAAGAGGUCAAUACAACCUACCUAUACAUCGGUGAAAUUGAUUUCCUUUAUAAGCCUACGUUGUAUGAAGAGCUAAAGGACAUUGUUCAGUGGUUCGUGACAAGUGGAGGUGGAAUGGAAAUGAAGGCUUUGGUUGUACCUGCAUAUGAAGUAAACCGACUGAAUGUAAGUUAUAUCCCAAGUACCAAGGCUGAAUUGAUUAGACUGUGGGAUAAUGAAGAUCUACAUCUCUUCCACUUCUGGGAUUUCCCUCAAGGUCAUUUACCAUCUAAUUAUACCAAGAUUAUGUUAGAGGACCAGCCAUACCCUAUUAUCUGGGAGAAGGGGUAUGAACCAUACGUGGUGUUAUUGAACAAAGCUCUUCCUGACUUUCCUCUACGAUUUUCGGGACAGGGUCACGACAAAAUUGCGUUUAUUCACAUUCUCGUACUUAUGGGUUAUGAAUACUGGGUGUUGCCAGAUUGCUGGAUGGUCCACACUCCCCAUUGGCCAAGUCCAAGUAGAGCUGCCUGGUUGGAAGAUGUUAACUACAAUCAAUGUGUAUAUGCAGUUGCCUGGAAAUUCUUCAAAGACUUGGAAGCUAAAUACGGUACCGCAAACAGUAAAUUGUUCCAGUAAGACGACGAUGGAGUGCGCACAUCUGUCUUCCAGUACUGUGUUCAUAUUCUCGCGAGAGCUGCGACUACAUGUGAUGAACAUAUAUAUGACUCAUUGACAUUUAAAACAGACGCACAUUUGAAUUUGUAAUAAUUCCGAUUUAUACUUGUUUCUGCUACAGAUGUCAGAUCAUUUAACCUAAAUUACGAUUUCCACUACCGCGUUUGCGGUGCUUGUAAUAUUUGUCUGCCCAUGCCCUUAGAUAUCCGUGCACUGAUAAAUCAAAGUAGUCUUCUACACGACCACGUGUCUACGUAUUUUUUAAAGAAAGAAACAAAAAGAGAACAGAAUUAAUUGUUCUUUUUGACAUUUUGUAACUGUACUCUACUUUGAUUUUAUUUGAAUUUGAAUAUUUUACCAUAAUAGCUAAUAUUAGCCAGCUGUCAUGCAAGCUGUGUGCACUAGAUCUAUCAAAACACGGUGCCUCCAAUACGUGUUUAUGUUUCUUGUAUAAUGAUAAUGCUUUUCUUAUUCUGAAGAUAACAUGAUUAUUAGUAAUACCGGUAUAUAUUUCGUAUAUCGACUCUCUUAGUUUGAACACAGCAUUUUCUUAAUGUAAAUGUUUUAUUUGACAAUGAUAAGCUAUUUUCCCCCUUUUUUGCUGGUGUUGUGCGACCUUACACACAACCCUAGUUUAGAUGAGUUGACGAUGGUGUGAUAAAUCGGAAUCUGCCACGUGACAAUAUUUAUUUUAGGAGCGUUCGAGUGAUGGGGACAAAUCAGCCAACUUUAAAAAAAAAACAGAAUUUUAUAAUGUAAUGGUGUGGUGUGGUGUACACGUUCAACGGGGCUCAUAAUAUGGUCUGUAGAUGACACUAUCAUGAACUAUUAACAUACGUCAAACAUAAAUGUAUAAUGUCAAAGUAAAUAUUUGAAAUACUUGAAAUAAAGAAAAUUUUAUCCAAA